CUGAAGCAAAUCCUGUGCAUCCUUUCAGCAGCCAUUCUUUUGCAGCCUUUGCCAUCGCCGUUGUGAGGGUAGACUUGAGCAUCGCUGUCCUGUCGUCCGUCCGUCUUUACCUGUCUGGUCUUUUUUUGCUGGCAUCUGUACCUAUCUCUAGCUGCCUCCGUCUCUUGACAUCGCCACCCCUGGUUGUCUUCUCUCCCCUCCGUCUCGCCGCCUUUGUCCGCCGUCACGAUGCAUCCGCCUCGGUCGUCAGCGCUGCUGCUGUCGUUUCUCCUGGCGCCGUUGCACGCGGCGUCGAUGCUGAGCUGCGACAAGAUCCGGGUCGACGGCCACAACUUUGACCUGUCGCCGCUUGGGGGCCCGCACUCGGUGGUGACGUCGCGAUUCGAGUCGAGCACGGGAGCUCACUCCAACACUACGUAUACGGUGGACAUUUGCCAGCCCUUGAAGAAGAGCGGAAAGGCAAAGUCGAAGGAGGAGUGCCCCAAUGGAACAAGAGUCUGUGCCAUUACCCGGUUCCUCAAAGGCGACCAAGACUCGGUCACAAAAGUCGUCGCCAUCGCGGGCGGACUGGAAAACGCUGGCGGAUCGCAAUUCGAGUACGAGGCGACGAGGCUCAAGAACAGCGACUCAAACUCGGACUCUCAGAAGGAGGGCCUUCGACUGGUCCUCAAGGGCGGAAAACACCCUCUCACCGGGCCAGUCUCCGAGCGAAGGGACCAGAAAGCCGUCAUCGAGUUCCUGUGCGACCCGGAAAAGACUGGCACCGAGGGCGAGUGGGCUUCUGAGGAUGACGGAGAUGAUGGCGACAAGAAAGAUGACGGAAAGGAGGACUCGGCCAUCGAGCACCAGCUGAAAAACGACAACGCCGCUCUCAUCUGGGAGGAUUAUGCUAAAGAGAAGGACUUGGACGUGUUGCGGCUGACUUGGUACACCAAGUAUGCGUGUGAGAAGCGUGAUGGUGGAAAGGGUGAUGGCCACGAGCCCAGCGACUCGAGCGCAAGCUGGGGCUUCUUUACUUGGUUUGUGAUCAUCGUCUUCCUUGGCAUCGCGGCAUACCUGAUCUUCGGCUCUUGGCUCAACUACAACCGGUACGGCGCUCGCGGGUGGGACCUCCUCCCCCACGGCGACACCCUGCGCGACAUUCCCUAUCUCCUCAAGGACUGGACGCGCCGGGUUCUGAACACGGUCCAGGGCGCUGGCAGUCGCGGAGGCUAUAGCGCCGUCUGAGCGAUAAAAGAUUCAUUUUCACGGCCCAGGGGUGAAUGGACGGGAUAGGUGGGAUACGACACGAAGGCUGCGACAGGGUUAUACAAUGCACAAUGCUUGGGGCUCUUGGUAAUUCAUUUUUCUUUUCCUAAUCCCCUUGUCAUUUUGGCAAGGCGGCGUUCUGGUUGCAUACUAAGACUCGUUGCGUUUUGUUUGGGCGGUAUUUGUAGAGACUGUAUUUAUUUUUGGGUUCUACUAUUGAUAAUCCCAUACAAUAUGUUUACCGCU